GCCCUGCCCCAGCCUGCAAGUCGGCCCCAGCGGGAGCCUCCGGCUACUUUCUCCCCAUCGCCUCCUGUGUGCCAGCGGUAGGAGGAAGAGAUCGCUUUCAGGUGGCAGCCUCAGGCCCACCCCAAGAGGGAAGGAAGAUGAUUUUACGGUUGAGAAGAAAGAGGCACAGAGAUGCUAAGAGCCGUACUCCAGGCCCAACAGCAGGAUGCUGCCCAUCACAGAACACUUGCUGCACCUCCUGGGAGUGGAGAAGACCACGUUCCGCCUGUAUGCUGUGUCUGUGCUCCUCCUCUCCCUGCUCUUCUUCCUCUUCCGCCUGCUGAUGCAGUUCCUGAGGCUCUGCUGGCGUUUCUAUAUCACCUGCCGCCGCCUGAGCUGCUUCCCUCAGCCGCCCCGGCGCAACUGGCUGCUGGGCCAUCUAGGCAUGUAUCUUCCAAAUGAGACGGGCCUCCAAGAUGAGAAGAAGGUGCUGGACAACAUGCACCACGUGAUUCUGGUGUGGAUUGGACCUGUGUUGCCGCUGUUGGUUCUGGUGCACCCUGACUACAUCAAGCCCCUAGUGGGCGCCUCGGCUGCCAUCGCCCCCAAGGAUGAUCUUUUCUAUGGUUUCUUAAAGCCUUGGCUGGGAGAUGGGCUGCUGCUGAGCAAAGGUGAUAAGUGGAGCCGCCAUCGCCGCCUGCUGACGCCUGCCUUCCACUUCGACAUCCUGAAGCCCUACAUGAAGAUCUUCAACCAAUGCACAGACAUUAUGCAUGGUAAAUGGCGGCGCCUGGCAGAGGGCUCAGUGGUCUCCCUUGACAUGUUUGAGCAUGUCAGCCUCAUGACCCUGGACAGUCUUCAGAAAUGUGUCUUCAGCUACAAUAGCAACUGCCAGGAAAAGAUGAGCGAUUACAUCUCAGCCAUCAUUGAGCUGAGUGCCCUCGUGGUCCGGCGCCAGUAUCGCCUGCAUCACCACAUAGACUUCAUCUACUACCUCUCGGCGGAUGGACGACGUUUCCGGCAGGCCUGUGACACCGUGCACCGCUUCACCACCGAGGUCAUCCAGAAGCGGCGGUGGGCGCUCCGUCAGCAGGGGGCUGAGGCCUGGCUGAAGGGCAAGCAGGGCAAGACCUUGGACUUCAUCGAUGUGCUGCUCCUGGCGCGGGAUGAAGAUGGGAAGGAACUGUCUGAUGAGGACAUCCGAGCUGAGGCGGACACCUUUAUGUUUGAGGGUCACGACACAACGUCCAGUGGGCUCUCGUGGGUGCUCUUCAACUUGGCCAAGUAUCCGGAGUACCAGGAGAAGUGCCGGGAAGAGAUCCAGGAAGUCAUGAAAGGCCGGGAGCUGGAGGAGCUGGAGUGGGACGACCUGACUCAGUUGCCCUUCACCACCAUGUGCAUCAAGGAGAGCCUACGCCAGUUCCCGCCAGUGACCUUGGUCUCCCGUCGCUGCACGGAAGACAUCAAGCUUCCAGAUGGGCGCAUCAUCCCUAAAGGAAUUAUCUGCCUGGUCAGCAUCUAUGGGACCCACCACAACCCCACCGUGUGGCCUGACUCCAAGGUGUACAAUCCCUAUCGCUUUGAUCCGGACAACCCACAGCAGCGCUCCCCACUGGCCUACGUGCCUUUCUCCGCAGGACCCAGGAACUGCAUCGGACAGAGCUUUGCCAUGGCCGAGAUGCGCGUGGCCGUGGCGCUGACGCUGCUGCGCUUCCGCCUGAGCGUAGACCGAACGCGCAAGGUGCGGCGGAAACCCGAGCUCAUCCUGCGCACGGAAAAUGGCAUCUGGCUCAACGUGGAGCCGCUGCCUCCGCGGGCCUGAGCGCCGGCCUCCGUGCGGAUCCAGGGGGCCCAAGCCCCGCCCGGAGAGGCCCAGGCCCCGCCCCCGAGGGCCCAGGCCCCGCCCCCAAGAUCCCGAGGGCAGAAACCACGCCCCUCGAAGUUCAGGUUGGGCUCCCGGAGGACCAGGCUCUUCCGCGAAGCCUGAAGGUGCAAGCCACGCCCCUCACGACAAGUCUCCGCCUCCUGCCGGUCUGGUCACUCCCCUUGAGGUCCAGGUCCGGUCCCCUGAGUGCCGGUUCUGGCUCUCCAGCUUGACGAAACAGGCUUGCUCAGGUCCCCUUGGGUCCAGACCCCUCCCAGGAUCCGGAGCAUUCGGGGCCUCAGGCCCCACCCAGCCAUCCUUGGACUUAAGACCCAACACCUAAGGCCGCUGGGAUUCAGGACCAGUUCCCUCCCCCCAGCCCCCACUCGUGGAUUCCAGCUGCCUUCUAAGUUGGAAGACUUGGGAGCUGAAGCCUGAAGUUAGAGCCUUGAACCCGGACAUCACCUUCUUGAGGCUCCCAGCUCAUUUGGGCGAACUCCUCUGGCAUCAGGCAGCAUCCCAGGGCUCGGAUGUGUGCUUCAGUUGCUUUGUAAAUCUAGACCCUUCCUCACCUGCUUCUUCCCUCCUCGGUUGCUGAAAGGCCCUUCGCUGAGUGUUCUGAUUUUUGUAGAAUAAAAGCAAGGGAUAAAGACGGCCCCCACUGUUCACCCCCUAGCUCAGCCAGACACUUCCCUUGCGGCCCAGGAAGGAAACAGAGGUCUCUGGGCAGUUGGGAGGCCCAUGAGGGAAGCUAUGGGCUAGGAGGCUGGGAAGCCAUUUGCCCUCAGACAUAAACUUAGGCUUUUUGGGACCGUUUGUGCAUUCAUUUAACUCGUCAACAGACUGCAUGUUAAUUAUUUGUUGGCAUUGGGCCAGGAGCACAGCCGGGCCCAAUUCCUGCCCUCGGGAGAACAGGGGACAGAUGUACAAGUAAUUCCACACGUAAGUUUAUUUAUAAUCCAUGACAAGUGCUCCAAAAGAGAGGCCCUUGGUGCUCUGUGAACACAACAGGGGGGUGGCUCAGGGAGAGCUUCUCAGAUGCUGAAGUUGAGUACAUGCUGAGUGGUGACAAGGGAGACAAGACCAUGUCAGGUGGGAGGAACAGCAUCUGCAAAUGUCCCCAGGUGAGGGAGAGCAUGAUAUUCUCGAGGCACACACUCCAGGGUGGCUGGAUCUGGAGGAGGAGGGCAGAAUGGAGGAAGGUUUUCAGGGGCCAACUGCCAGGAACUGUGGGUCACAUCUCACAGCAGACCUUAUGCUGAGGGCGAUAGGGAGCUAGAGAGGGUAUGUGAGCAGGGUGCAGGACAGGACAUGGUCACAUGUGGGUUGGCAGGGAGGUGGCUUGGAAGGGGGGGGGCACUGGGGACUGGAAAUCUAGUGAAGAGGGAGACUGAGGUCUGGGCAGGACAGGAGGGGUGACUAGCCACGGGGACUGAGGUGAGGGUGAUUCCCGAGUCUUUGGCUGGGGAAACUGAUGACAGUACCCCCAUAGAAGAUGGGGCGGUGAUGAUGUCUACAAUAAUUGUAUUAAUUCAUCAAAUACUUACCGAGCAUCUGCUGUGAGCCAGGCCAUCUUUGCGCCCUUACAUAAUUGACUUUUGUUGUGGGGGUGUGGGGUGUUAACAGAUGACAGAUAAUAAAUAAGCAAAUAAAUAAGUAAAUUCACACAGGGCCUUGGAGGAUUUUGACUUUUUAUUGUGACAGAAAUGGGGAGCCAUGGGAGGGUUCUGAGCAGAGUGACAGAUUUGUCGUUUGGUCUUUAUAGUAUUCUUUUGGCUGCUAAGUGGAAAACCAAGGGUUGGAAUAGGGAAACCAGAUGGGGUGACUGCGAUCCCCAUUGAGAGAACUGGUAAGUGCUAUGAAAAAAUUGAUCUGGGUACGUGUUGGGGGUGCUCAGUAAUGCUGGUAAGGGGGGAUGUUGCUAGAUCAUCAGUGAAACCCUCCCUGAGAAAGGGUCAUUUCAACAAAGACUUUAGAUAGGAGAGGGCAGGAGCCCUGUGGAUAUUUAGGGGAAGAAUGUUUGAGGUAUAGAGAAACAGUGCAAAGGCCCUGAUGUAGGACAGGCUUGGGGUGUUUAGGAGACAUUGAGGAGAUCCGUGUGGCUGGAGGAGGAGCAUGGAAAGAGAUGAGGGCCGGCAGGGGAUGGGAGCAGGUCACACAGAGCCUUGGAGUCUACUGACUUUUACUGUAACAGAAGUAGAGAGCUAUGGAGGGUUCUGGACAGAGGAGGGAAAAAGUUUGUCAUACAGUCUUUGGUUGCUAUGUUGAAUAGAGACUGUAAAGUGAAGAUGGACUAGGGAGAGCAGAUGGGGUGACCAGAUUUGUCCAGGUGAGAGAGGAUAAUGUCUCCAAGAAAGCUGGGGGCUGUAGAGUGAAGACAGGUGCUUGGAUUCUGCUGUCUGGUUGCUUUAUGAAGGUAGAGCUGGCAGAUUUGCUGAUACUUUGAAGGAGGGACUCAGGAGAAAGGGAGGCCCCCGGAUUUGGGUCUGAGCACCUGGAAAGAUAGAAGUGACAGCUUGAGAAGGAGAAUGCUUAAUAGAGUAAGGGGUUUUUUGGGGGGGGGAGGGGCUGAGAUCAGCAUGUCAGUUUAGGCCAGGAGGAGUUGGAGAUGUCAAGUGUGCAGUAGGAUAGGCAGGUCUUGAAUUUGGGAGGGAGUUCCGGGCUGGCGAUACACAUUUGGGAUACCUCAGCACUUAGAUGAUUGUUUAUAAAACCCCAAGACUGGUGCGACCCCUGAAUCCCUGUGUGUGUGUUUGUGUGUGUGUGUCUAUGCGCUCCCGUGUGCACCCUUGUGUGCACAAGAUGGAGGGGUUUC